UUGGAAUUACAAAGUAAGCACAACUUCUCUCUCACACACAAUGAAGCCCGGUGUAAAGUUAUCGUUGCUCCUGUUGAUCGGUUUGAUGGCUCUCCUGGACUCGACUUCGGGCUGCAGCAUGACCAACAACGAUGGCGUCGAACAACGAGAAGCUCUGCUCGCUGAUCCAUCAACGGCACCCGCACGGAGCAUGAAGGAUUACAGCGUCGAGGACAUCUACGCCGAUUGCAAUAAAACGUUCGCAAUAUCGAUGGAUUUUCUGAACGAACUGAACGACACCGGAAGCUUCCCGGAUGAAACCGAUAAAACCCCAAUGUGCUUCAUCCGGUGUUUCCUGCAGAAAGGUGAAAUUGUUACCAGCGACGAUAAAAUAAACAAAGAGCAAGCCGUCGCCCUGGGAUGGGUGAAGAACGGGGAAACCAUCGACGAUUGUUUGCAGGAAUUGACUGGAAAUCCGUGUGAACGCGCAUAUUUCCUGAUGCGAUGUGUCAGUACUCGGCAUUUGGUGGAAGGAAGGAGCAAAGACAGUAAGAAGCGCUAAGGGCCUCUUGUAAGCAUAAAUUGUAAGUUCGUAAGAAUUGAUCGAUUCUGCAAGUUUAAACAAAAAUGCACUAUUAUUAUACGGUUACAUAUAGAGACAUUGCACAAAAAUCUA